GGCAAUAUUCAUCGUACGUGCCUAGUGAUAAACAUAUCGUAUGAGCUAAGGUGACCAUCACUAGCAAAUGCCAUGGUAUUCAUGAAAUAAAUACGUGGUUAAUUUGUUGAUAAAACGCCCACAAACAACCUAAAAUGUGUUCGCCUUGUAAAGUGCGCAGAACUAAUGUAAAGCAGAAACAGUUCCGCAACUAGAAGGAGAAAACAAUUGGUGAUGGCGAAGGACAAAGUGAAAGAGGAAGCACAAAAACAAAAGGAGCCAACGAUUCAGUUAACAUAUCGCUUUGCAUUCUUCUUUAUUGCUGGCAGCCUGGCAGCCUUUGCCUUUCAUGCGCUGGCAUCGUCCGGUUCCAUGUUGGGCUGGAGGCUUCAGUUGCGUCAGUUGCAUCACCUGCCCACAGCGCAUUAUUUGCAGACUCGCGAUGAGUUUGCGGUUUAUUCGGUGGAUGAGCUAAAUGCGUUUAAGGAGUUUUAUGACAAGAGCAUCAGUGAUAGUGUCGGCGCCAGUUUCUCGGAGGCAGAGCAGACCAAUAUUAAAGAGGCUAUGGGUGCACUGCGUCUGGCUCAAGACAUGUAUAUGGCUGGCAAGGAUGUCAAGGCUUCCCGUCUUUUUGAACACGCUCUCGCAUUGGCGCCGAAACAUCCGGAAGUUCUGCUACGUUAUGGCGAAUUUCUGGAGCACAGUCAACGUAACAUUGUUCUGGCAGAUCAGUACUACUUUCAAGCCCUUAGCAUCAGUCCAAGCAACUCGGAGGCAUUGGCCAAUCGUCAACGCACUGCCGAUGUAGUACAAACUCUGGACGAGCGUCGCUUGGUCUCAUUGGACAAGAAACGGGAUGCAUUGUCUGCCAUCCACGAGACCAACUCGGCACUGCGUCGCGCCAAAAAGGAAGCCUACUUCCAGCACAUCUAUCACUCAGUGGGCAUUGAGGGCAACACCAUGACACUGGCCCAGACACGCUCCGUUCUGGAAACCCGCAUGGCCGUCGAUGGCAAGUCCAUAGACGAACACAACGAAAUCCUGGGCAUGGACUUGGCCAUGAAAUACAUUAAUGCCAGUCUAGUACAAAAAUUGGAAAUCACACUGAAGGACAUUCUGGAGCUGCAUCGACGUGUGCUGGGCCAUGUCGAUCCCAUAGAGGGCGGCGAAUUCCGUCGCAAUCAGGUCUACGUGGGUGGACAUGUGCCACCUGGUCCCGGAGAUUUGGCCAUUCUAAUGCAACGUUUCGAAAGUUGGCUUAACUCGGAGCACAGCAACUCGUUGCAUCCAGUCAACUAUGCAGCACUUGCCCACUACAAACUGGUGCAUAUUCAUCCAUUCGUUGAUGGAAAUGGACGCACCUCGCGUCUUCUUAUGAACACGCUCCUCAUGCGCGCUGGUUAUCCACCCGUUAUCAUACCCAAACAGCAGCGCAGCAAAUAUUAUCAUUUCCUUAAGUUGGCCAACGAGGGUGACAUACGACCUUUUGUGCGUUUCAUUGCCGAUUGUACGGAGAAGACGCUGGAUUUGUAUUUGUGGGCCACCAGCGAUCUGCCGCAACAAAUACCAAUGCUCAUACAAACGGAGAGCGAAGGCGGCGAGCUAGCCAAGCUGCAGCCGCAUAUUGCGCAUAGCGCCUCAGAGUUCUAUGAGACAGAAACUGGCUCUGGAUUGGAUUUAGGCACCAGUGGAACGCCCUGACACUCAAGUCAAUGGUUGCUCAAUCUAAUUACCAAAUUGUCUAUUGUAUAUUAUCUGUGCUAGCAUCAAUUCUGUGUAUAUUUCUAAUUUAUUCAACAACAAAACCGUUUGCCUGACUGUGAUCGUA